AAGUCAGAGGCAACUAUGUUUCUAAAGUCACUGGAACUUGCCACAUUAUAACUACUGAGAACAUGCAUAAUGAUUUCAAGAAAUAUAAUAAUUCCUUGCAUGUUAUUCCUAAAGACACAUUUUUUUCUGUUUUUGAUGCUUAUGACAAAGUUCCUCUCUUCAGUGAUGUAGAUGACUCUGGCAGUAUCUCUUUGUCCAAGAGCUAUAACGAUAACAAUAAAAAUUCUGAAAAAGCCAUCAACUUGGAAACCCUUGGUGCUCUUGCUAUUAGGCAUGUACCUCAGUUUAUACAAUAUAGCCAAAUAAAUAUAACUGAACAUCUCCACAAAACAAAAACAUAUGCCCAAAAUAUAGUGAUUGAAAAGAAACAAAUAUUUAAUUAUAGUAGUUUUAAUUUUAAAGGCAAAUUUAACUGUUUCUUGGAUAUUGAGCAACAGGUGAAAUUGGUAAAUUAUGACACCAUUUUCAUUGGACCAGACAUUCUGAUUAAAACUCGGGAAGAAUUUGUUGAGAAUCCCCUAAAUGAAGGAAAAGGAAAGCGCCGCAGGAUUUGAUUUGGAAUGAGAGAAAGCAUCCAACAGAAAAGUUAACAGAAAUACAUAAUUACCAAAUUCCUAAUGGGAAUAAGACAGAGAGAGAAGAGAAAUGCAGCAUUAUUAUCCACGAUACCAUGGCUUACAUUCUAAACCCAAACCUAUUCAUGAAAAAGAAACCAAAUUUAGAAGAUGCUAGAGAGAUAGACCAAAUAUCUGAUAACCAAAACACAAGGGAUAGAAAUGAGCAUCAGACUAUUUUGGAAGAAAGUGCUUUAGCAAACUCAAAACUUUUUCAUCCAAACAUUAAAUCCACAGAAUUUGUUAACCAUAAAUUUAAAGCUGAUUCGGCCACAAGAAAUAAUGAGCAUUCUCCAGUCUUACCAGCUGAAUGUCUGUCAACAGAAACUAGGAUAAUAAGUGAAUUUGAAAUGAAGAGGGAAUUUGAUAUUGUACUGAAAGAACUGUGCAUGUUUCAUGAAAUUGGUAAGGAAGAGGAAACUUCAUGCAUUGCAGAAACAAGAAGCAAUGAAGAGCAAAAUGACUUUGACAAAGAUGAUUCUAUGGAGAUCAAAGAAGACCUGACAGUUGUCUCAGAAAAAAUAUGUGCACCUCCCUUACCCUGUGAUACAAUCACAAGUGUGCCAAAUGUGCCCAAGACAGUCCAAAGUUCGUUUAAGUGGAAAAAAAUACAUGUGGAUGGAGUAAAAGAAGUAGCUCAUGAAUAUUGUUCUUCAAGUCCAUCAGAUGAUGAAUUUCUCUCACCUUCUGGAAAAGAUUUUGAAAAAGCUUUGUCUCAGAGUCCUGCUUUAUUCUCUGAUACAUUUGUGGAAGAAAGAAUUCACAGCUUAUCAAAAGGAGGUAGCAGUCUGUCCCAUGGAAUUGUAAGAGUCUAUCCUCUCAAGACAUGCCGUGGUCCAAUCAGGAUUGGUUUGUCAAGAAAGGCAAAGCCCAAACAGCUUCAUCCCUAUCUGAAAUGAGAGUGUCUCAAAAUGAUAAAAGAAAAUAUAUAAUUCUGUAUCUCAGAAGGCUUUGAAAUAGCCUUAAUAUUUAUUCACUUCUUAUGUGUAACAUAUUUUUCUUUUUUAUAAUUUUAGAGUUUUGAUAUAUAAUCUAAGUUAUAAAGUAUUUUUAUUAAUGUUAAUAUUAUCCUUAAAC